AUGCACAACCUGGAGUCCAAGGAGGAGCUGGGCAUCAUCAAGCGCAAGGAGGAGCCUCUGCACUUCGUCGACGCGCUCCGGUGGGGGGAUCACCUCUUCUUCCCCUACUACAGCUUGAAGGCCAGGUUGAGCAACAACACGGAGCCACCCAGCAUGGCUGUCCUGCGCCAGCUGCGCCCCUCGGAGGGCGGCCUGACUUUGCAAGGGCACGUGUAUUUGGACUGCGGCUGCAGGAGCCUCAUCGUGUCCUCCAGCCUCGUCCGCCGGGGCCAGCAGGGCUGGUGGGUGGGUGUGUUCAACCACGGCCACGGCGCCAAGGCCUGGAAUGCCACCGCCGUCUGCAUCUUCGGGAUGGAGGAGGUGAAGGAGCAAGCCUGCGCGUCCACGCACUUCGUCAUGAACGGGAGGAGCUGUGAGGCACGAUCAAUCAAGAAAUUACCUACCUUGAUUCACUCUGGAUUAGUGGCUGUUUAUGGUACAGUUGUUUUGAAUCAGAUAGUUCUCUUUUUGGGAACAGAUGAUGGACAGUUGCUGAAGGCUAUUCUUAAUGAGGAUAUGGAAUCUAGUUGUCCAGAGGUUUUAUAUGAAAUUAAGGAAGAAACCUCCAUUUUCCCCAAACUUCGACUUGACCCAGUAGAUAAUAACUACAUCUAUCUGUCCUCUGCCAAUAAGGUGAGAAGAAUACCAGUUGCAAAUUGUGGUAGAUAUGUUUCCAAGCAAGAGUGCUUAUCUGCAAAGGAUCCCUACUGUGGGUGGUGUUCUUUGAAUCAAAGGUGCACAUUAAAAGAAAAUUGUACAAGCUCAAACAGCACAAAGGGUUGGUAUAACAUUUCACAUGCACCUGAUAAAGAUCUGAAAAUCCUGCUAAGUUUCCCUGCCAAAAAUCAGGUUGCAGUGGCUGCAAGCAUAAGCAAAACACUUACUUCCUGUAUGAUAAAAAUUGUGAAACCUGUUGAAAUAUUUUAUGAAAAUGUAGUGCUGAAAAACUCAUCCUGUUUCUGCGAUCUGACCACUCUGGUGAUAACUGAUAAUGCUGCUCACGAUGUGUACACAAGGGAUAGUUGUAAUGCAUCUGCUUCCAAGGGGAUUGCCACUGCGCAGAAAACAGAGCAUAUCAGCAUUCAUUCCAUUGAACCUUUGUGGAUUUCUACAUUAGGCAAAAGUGAAAUAACAGUCAAAGGAGAAAACUUUACACAUGCAUCAGGCAUAAAACUGAUACUGACUGGAAUCACUGGCUGUAAACCAGACAUCAUUAAAGUUAGGAAUGUGCUAAACGAUACACAAAUGACGUUUGCUCUCCCACCAACACGUAAAGAGGCCAAAAGUAUAUGUAUACAGGCUAAUGGGAGAAAAUGUUCACCACCAAUGACCCUGCAUUAUGUUUCACUGCCAUCAUGUUCUGGAAUCACACCAAAUACCUCCUGGAUCAGUGGUGGUCGCAAAAUUACUACAAUUGGUAGAAAUUUUAAUGUGGUGGACAGUGUGAUUAUUUCAGAUGACCAGAGAUCAAAUCUCACCGUCUCUAGGUGUCCUGGGAAUGGAUCUGAAUAUCAUUACUUAACGCCAAGCCUGAGCCAUGCAACAGAGGGUAAAGUUGUUGAUAUGAUGUUAAAAGUGGAAACUACCUUUAUACCAUGUGUCAAAUUACACUAUCACCCUGACCCGGUGUUCAUUAACUACCAGCUGCACACUGAGCUGGAUCCUGAUCUGGAAUUAAAAAUAUAUGUAAGUUUGAAAGUAAUAAACUAUAAUUCCUUAUUUAAAAUAAAAGAAAAUGACAACUUGAAUAUUUCUAAAACUGAGGUAGAGGUUUAUCUGUUAUAUAUGAAUGGUGCACAGACCAAAAAGAUAUGGUUCAGCGUCCAAAAUAUUACCAAAAAACCAGACCGUAGCACCAUACUGUGCAAAUUCAAAAGGGAAGGAACAGACAAGAUUGACUUUUCCACAGUGAAAGUUUUUGUCAAAUUAGGAAAUUUUGAGCAUGAAGUCAAACCAACAUCAUCACACAUAUAUUUAUACGUUCUUAUUCUGCUACCUAUUGUAGUGGGUGUCAUUAUAGCGGCAUUCAUAGUUACUAGAUACAAAUCCAAAGAGUUAACUCGUAAACAGAGUCAGCAACUUGAACUGCUGGAAUAUGAGAUUCGGAAGGAAAUACGCGAGGGAUUUGCUGAGCUGCAGAUGGAUGAGUUAGACGUGGUGGAUAGUUUUGGAACCGUUCCCUUCCUUGACUACAAACACUUUGCUCUUAGAACUUUCUUUCCAGAGUCAGGAGGCUUUGCAUCUAUCUUCAGUGAAGACAUGCCACAGAGCAGAGACCAAACGAGCAAGGAUGAAAGCUUCAACAUGUUGCAUGCUUUAAUUUGUAACAAGAACUUUCUUGUUACUCUCAUUCACACCCUUGAAAAGCAGAAAAAUUUCUCUGUGAAAGACAGGUGCUUGUUUGCAUCCUUCUUGACAAUUGCACUACAAACUAAGCUAGUUUAUCUAACCCAUAUUUUGGAAGUGUUGACAAAGGACUUGAUGGAGCAAUCGAGCAAUGUACAGCCUAAGCUUCUGCUCAGACGAACUGAAUCUGUGGUAGAAAAAUUGCUGACAAACUGGAUGUCUGUCUGCCUUUCCGGAUUUCUCCGGGAGACAAUUGGUGAACCUUUCUAUUUGCUAGUGACAACCCUCAAUCAGAGGAUAAACAAAGGACCUGUUGACGCGAUAACUUGCAAAGCCCUGUACACGCUUAACGAAGACUGGCUGCUGUGGCAAGUGUCUGAAUUCAAAACAGUGGUACUGAACAUUAUCUUUGAAAAAAUCCCAGAAAAUGAGAGUGGAGAUGCCUGUCAAACUAUCCAAGUUAAUGUUCUGGACUGCGACACCAUCGGCCAAGCCAAGGAGAAGAGCCUUCAGGCUUUCCUUAAUAAGAAUGGUUUUCUCUAUGGUCUUCAGCUGGAUGAAAUUGGUCUUGAACUUGUGUCUGAGGAGCAGCAAAGAGAAUUGUUAGAUAUCGAUGGUUCCUCAGAAGUGAUGGAGGAUGGGAUAAGGAAGCUAAAUACCAUUGGUCAUUACGAGAUUUCAAACGGAGCAACCAUAAAAGUCUUUAAAAAGAAGACAAAUACCCGAUCAGAUGUGGACUACUCGGAUGAACACUGUCAUUUGAUUUUACCAGACUGUGAAGCAAACAAAGAUGUGAAAGGAGCAGGUCACAAAGGAAAGCAAAAAUUCAAAGUGAAGGAAAUGUAUCUGACGAAGCUUCUGUCAACCAAGGUUGCAAUUCAUUCAGUUGUUGAGAAGCUCUUCAGGAGCAUUUGGAGUUUACCCAACAAUAAAGCACCUGUUGCCAUCAAGUACUUUUUUGACUUUCUGGAUGCCCAGGCUGAGAGCAAAAAAAUUACUGACCCCGAUGUGGUCCAUAUAUGGAAAACCAACAGUCUUCCUCUUCGCUUCUGGGUGAACAUCCUGAAGAAUCCCCAGUUUGUCUUUGAUAUUAAGAAGACUUCACAUAUAGACGGCUGUUUGUCUGUAAUCGCCCAGGCUUUCAUGGAUGCCUUUUCUCUAGCAGAACAGACACUGGGGAAGGAAGCACCAACAAAUAAACUCCUCUACGCGAAGGACAUUCCACUCUACAAGAAGGAGGUGAAAGCGUACUACAAAGCCAUCAGGGAUCUGCCUCCGCUGACCACUUCAGACGUUGAAGAAUUUCUAACUCAGGAAUCUAAGAAACAUGAAAAUGAAUUUAAUGAGAAAGUGGCCUUGACUGAAAUCUGCAGAUACAUAGUGAAAUAUUACGAUGAGAUUGUCAGCAAACUCGAGCGAGAACGGGGGUUUGAAGAAGUCCAGAAACAGCUCCAGCAAGUAAAAGACUUAUUUGAUGAAAAGAAAAAAUGCAAAUGGCUUUGAGCAGAGCACUGACUCACAGCGGCGCUGUGGGGGAUUUUAAACAAGCGCUCCUGCUCCCC